AUGGCGUGCACCGCAACUUUGUCGAUGCCCUUGGAGAAAAGCCAAAACGAAAGCGACGCGCUGUUGGCGGCGUCGAAGCGCAAUCAGAAGACUCUCGACAGUUUCAUGAAGCUCGGCCGUUAUUGCUGGCUGAUUCUUCUGUUCUCCGAGUUUAUGCUUCUCUCUGGUGCCGGCAACACCCUAUACAUGAUGUACGCCGGCGCUGCUCCAAAAUACGUCGCCUGCAAUAGUGACGAAGUGAAUAUCAAAGAUAUUUGCAAAUCAUCAUAUGAUUGGAAAACGCCGCCGAAUUGCACAUUGAAUCCAGUCUACGAUUUCAAAUCAAUCAAUAUUGAAUUUGAACACUUCUGCGAAGAAGGAGCCUGGGUGAAAACGAGCAUUUCGAUUCAAAUGAUGGGAGUUCUUGUCGGCUCUGUGUUCUCUGGAGCUCUAGCUGAUCGAUAUGGCCGGUUAAAGAUUCUUUCUGCAUGCUUUUUCAUGGUUUCAAUUCUAAGUCUGGUUUCCACAUUUGCCACCUCCCUUGUCAAUUUCACAAUUAUUCGAACUAUCCUUUCACUCUUUAAAGGCGGAUUAUUAAGCACUUACGGCGUGUACAAAAUGGAACACGUGCCACGUCAGCAUCGCUUCUGGAUAGCAACGAUGAUCAGUUGGGCUCCAAACUACAUGAUGCUCAGCGUUGUCGCCUACCUUUGUCAGAAUUGGAUCACCUAUCAAUACGCGAUUUUUGCGAUAUCGAUUCCCGGCGCAAUUGUGUUUCUGUUCGUCAAUGAAUCACCGCGAUGGCUAAUUCAGGCGGGACGACUCGACGACGCCAGACGCGUUUUGCGAAAAAUUUUGGAGAUUGACGGCAAAAUGAGCGAUCAAGCGCUCGGCGACAUCGAAGAAAUGAUAAUGAUCGAGAGAAUUAAGCAAGAAGAGAGCACACGAAAAAGGAAAAACUAUGAUAUGCGACAUUUAUUCUGGAACAAGAAUAUGGCAGCCGUUACUAUAAUAAUGUGGCUUGGAAUGUUUACCACAUCAUUCACCAAUUAUGGAUUUGUGUUCAACAUUGAAAAACUGUCAGGCUCAAUUUACGUGAAUGCCCUUUUAAUGGGCUCCCUUCGAUGGACCCUUAACAUUUUCAUAGGGCUUUUGGACAUCAAAGUUCACACAAUUGGAAGAAAAUUGAUUCAUUUCGUUUCAAAGUUGACGAUCGCGCUUUGCGUUUUCGUCAUUUUUCUCGCUUAUUAUUUCGACAUCGAUGAGGAAUAUUCAUUAAUCAUUCGCAUUUCAACUUUGUUAGCAUCGGCAACGGCUUCGCAAGUCUUUAUCACAAAGACAAUCGUUCUAAUGGAGUUCUAUCCGACGGUCAUUCGAAAUUCGGCAGUCUCGUUCAAAGCGACCGCUAGCCGCAUCGGAACAAUUCUCGGCCCGCAGCUUUUCAUUUUGUGUCCUUACAAAAGUGUUCCCUAUGCGAUUCUCACGGCAAUGUGCAUUUUCGACGCCAUCGCUUUCCAAAUCCAGUUGCCCGAGACGAAAGGACGACCGCUGCCCGAAACGCUGCCUGAGAAAGCCAAAAAACGACCGCCGCUUAUUUCGGACCCGUUGGCGAUUGUUCCAGAUAAGGCGGCAGAUGAAGAAUGA